UCGUGGUGACAGACGGAGAGAGAAUUCUAGGUCUGGGGGACCUGGGAGGUAACGGUAUGGGGAUUCCAGUAGGAAAACUUGCCCUGUACACAGCUUGUGGUGGCGUUCACCCACAGCAGUGCCUUCCUGUCCUUCUAGAUGUUGGCACGGACAACGAGGCCCUUCUGAAUGACCCGCUGUACAUUGGUCUGAAACACAAGAGGGUUCGUGGGAAACUGUAUGAUGACCUGAUUGACGAGUUCAUGCAGGCUGUCUCAAACAAAUAUGGACUACAGUGUCUGUUCUCUUUUUGGAAGACUUUAAGCCAUAACGCCUAACGCAUUCCUGACAUUCUCUCCAACAAGUAUCGGAACCGAUACUGCACAUUCAAUGACGACAUUCAGGGAACGGCUUCUGUCGCAGUCGCUGGCAUCUUGGCAGCCUUGAGGAUCACCAAGAACAAGCUGUCGGACCAUAAAUUUGUUUUCCAAGGAGCUGGAGAAGCGGCCUUAGGCAUCGCUCACCUGAUUGUUAUGGCCCUGGAAAAGGAAGGCAUUCCAAGGGAAGAGGCUAUCAAAAAAAUCUGGAUGGUAGACUCCAAGGGACUCAUUGUCAAGGGCAGGAGUCACCUGAACCACGAGAAGGAGACGUUUGCCCACGACCACCCCAGCGUGAAAACCCUCGGAGAAGUGGUGCAGAAAAUCAAACCGACAGCUCUGAUUGGUGUCGCUGCCAUUGGAGGAGCGUUCACCGACCAGAUUUUGAAGGACAUGGCAACGUUCAACAAGCGGCCCAUCAUUUUUGCUCUGAGUAACCCCACAAGCAAAGCGGAGUGCACCGCGGAGCAGUGCUACCACUUGACAGAGGGCCGCGGUAUAUUUGCAAGUGGGAGCCCGUUCCCGAAAGUGACCCUGCCAAAUGGGCAGACCUUCUUUCCUGGGCAAGGCAACAACGCCUACAUCUUCCCCGGCGUCGCUCUGGGAGUCAUCGCCUGUGGAGUCCGACACAUCUCGGACGACAUCUUUCUCCUCACCGCACAGUCAAUUGCUGAAGAGGUCACCAAAGAGAACCUUGCUGAAGGAAGAUUGUAUCCCCCAUUGAGCACCAUCCGAGAUGUCUCCUUCAAAAUUGCCGUUAAAAUAGUUGACUAUGCCUACAAACACGACUUGGCCUCCUGGUACCCAGAACCGGACGACAAAGAAGCCUUUGUUAGAUCCCUCAUUUACAGCCCUGAUUACGACUCCUUUGCUAUCGAUAAUUACAGGUGGCCCCAAGAAGCCAUGGAGACUCAAAACAUCUAAGGUUCUUUCCCCUUCCCCUUCGUCUUAAAGAAACUCUUCCGACGCUCACGUUUUGACCAGCGUGGGUGUAGACGAAUCUUCAAGAUUAUAGACAUAAACGGAGGGGUGAGCAAGAGCCCAUCUUUCCUUUGCGUAGCUGCCUUUUUACCGAUAUGAGCCGGAGAACAGCACAAAAUUGAACGGGGCCAUUUGCUUUCCAAGGUAAUGGAAAGACAGGCCUGGGCGUUGGGGGAUCCCAUUUUCAGCUUAAGCACUCCCACAAGUACUCUGCACUUCCGAAGAAGUUUUCCUUUACCCUUCCACCAGCCUGUCUCCCUCUCCAAAGGGACCACAGGCUGCCGAGCCCCUGCAAGUCUCCAGAAAUAUUGGGAAACCCCACGACCGAUUGGCUGUGUAACAACACGUGACGACGUCUGCCGUUGUAGUCUGAAAGAAAGCAAGGCGAAAUGCAGAUGGUGCAGUGGGAAAGGAAAAUGUAUUAACCAUUAUGUGAUUAAAUGUAUUAAAGUGCUAGUUUUCUUUUA